AUGCUAUCGCCAAUGCGCGUGCGGCAAUCGCGUCGAUUAGCUACUCUGCGUCGGGCGGAAAGGUGGGCUCGGUUCGUCUCGUCGGGUGCCAAAGAGUUCGUCUUAUUAGAAGGGCAGGGUUGGUAG